AUGGGCGAGCCAGACGACACACCUUCUUUCCACCUUCAUGAGCUGGAACCAGUACCAGACGAGGACGUGCUCUCGAAUCUCGAAAACGGACAAUACACCCCCAAACCUCGAACCAACAGCUUUAAUGCGCGGCAGAAUGCGCGCGGCGCGCGGUUAGGACUGAGCGGUCAUACCUGGGAGUAUUGGUUUUCGCAAGUCCAAAAGUACUCUACCUAUCCGCCCUCGAUUUUCUUUGGGUUGCACCUUGUCAAUACCUCUUUAAUCCCUCUAGCAACUCGAUCUGUCGCGGCCAGCGAGACAUACCUACUUCUCACUCGCCCAAUUUAUCAAGCUCCUAUCCUUGAGCCGGUGUUACUGACCUUGCCGAUUCUUGCCCACGUUGCCUCCGGAGUAGCCCUAAGGUCCAUUCGACAAGCUAGGCGAGCUAAGCUUUAUGGCGCAGAGACACCUCAGCAGCGUAAGGCACUGAAAGUUGCCAACCUCCCUAGCAUACAAGCAAGAUUGGGAUAUCUCCUGGUCCCGUUUUUAGGAAUCCAUGUGCUAAUCAACCGCAUUGGACCAUGGUAUGUUGACGGAGGCAGUUCUAGCGUCGGGCUUGGUUAUGUUGCCCAUGGACUCGCCAGGUCACCUUGGACUAUAGGAACAUGGUAUGUCGCAUUCGUUGGAAUUGGAGUGUGGCAUUUUAUUGGCGGCUGGGCCUGGUGGAUGGGUUGGAGGGAAGCUGCGGCAUUGGAUAAGGAACGUGAAAAACGACUCGGUGCUACAGGAGGCUAUCUUGGGAAUGCGAAGCAGGUCAAAGCCCUGCAGAAACGAAAACGACGAACAUGGAUUAUCACGGGACUUGUGCUCGCUGGGAGUGGAUUAUGGCUUGCUGGAGGCCUAGGUGUAGUUGGUAGAGGAGGUUUUGGGAGCGGAUGGGAAGCUAAGACGUGGGACAACAUAUAUUCCCAAAUACCGCUACUUGGGCCGUAUCUGGUGAGCUGA